AUGGAAAAGCAGCAAAUCGAUCCUCGUGAUGGUGAAUCUGAAGUAGCCAUUAUGGGUGACUUACCAAAGCCAAUCCAAAGCGAAACGACUACACACGCAUCCACCAGCAACUUGCCGUCGUCGUCAGCUUCAACGUCAGAUCAAACUUCAAAUGAUGAUGAAUCAAAACCAGAACCUACCAUCAAGCAAGGUCUUAUCAGCAUCGUUAAAUCAUCAUGGAUCAACCCAUUGGUGGUCUUUAUCCCUUUUGGCAUUGCUAGUCAUUUUGUAUGGAGUCCCACUGUGACAUUUAUUCUCAACUUUAUUGCCAUCGUGCCUCUGGCCAAGUUAUUAGGCUUUGCCACUGAGGAUAUUGCUCUGCGUACGGGCGAGAUCAUCGGUGGGUUACUCAACGCCUCUUUCGGUAAUGCCGUCGAGUUGAUCAUUUCAAUCAUUUCUCUGAGCCAGAACCUGGUGGUGGUGGUCCAGGCUUCCAUGUUGGGAUCAAUUCUUUCCAAUUUACUCCUCGUCCUUGGCAUGUGUUUCUGGCUUGGCGGUAUUCGUUUCAAGGAACAAUCCUUUAAUCCUAUCGUCGCUCAAACGUCCGCAUCAUUACUUUUUAUCGCAACGACCUCCUUGCUCCUUCCAGCAGCAUUUUAUGCUUCCGUUGGAUCUACAGAGUCCGCUGAACAACUCACAUCCGAUAUCCUCAACAUUUCAAGAGCCACAUCUAUCAUUCUACUCGUUAUUUACUUUGCAUUCUUAUUCUUUCAGCUUAGAACGCACAAGGAUUUGUUCUUGGCACCUCCUCGUGAAGCUCGCCGUGCAUCAUACCAGCAACGAUCAGGUACAAGCCGAACCAUGGAAUCCAUGUUGAUCGCACGAGAACAAGGACUUGAACAACCUGCCCGAGCUGAAGAUGAUGAUGAGGAAGAAGAGGAACCACAAAUGCCAUUUUGGAUGGCUAUUGUCCUCCUUCUUGUCAUCACUGCAUUGGUAGCCGUAUGUGCCGAAUUCCUCGUGUCGGCCAUUGAAGAUGUGGUGGAGCAGUGGCAUAUCAGUGAGACCUUUGUCGGUUUGAUUCUACUACCCAUUGUUGGUAAUGCUGCCGAGCACGUUACUGCCGUCACUGUUGCCAUGAAGAACAAGAUGGAUCUGGCAUUGGGUGUGGCUGUCGGAAGCAGCAUGCAAAUUGCUUUGUUGGUGACACCUCUCAUGGUCAUCAUUGGCUGGGGUAUGCAAAUCCAAAUGAGCUUGCUCUUUAAUGUCUUUGAGACCGCGGUGAUGCUCAUCUCGGUUGUCAUGGUCAAUUACUUGAUGAUGGAUGGCAAGAGCAACUGGCUUGAAGGUUUCAUGCUUUUUACGCUAUACAUCAUUUUGGCCAUUUGCUUUUAUUACUAUCCAGAUGCAGCAGCAGCAGAACUUGGAUCUUAA